GUUUGUUUGUAAGACAGGAGGUGUUUGUGAGACAGGAGGUGUUUGUGAGACAGGAGGUGUUUGCCACACUCCCCUGGAGCUCCACCUCGUGCCCACCAUGGCAGACUUGAACAGGGCUCCCUGUCCAGGAGGGGAAAUUCCUGAGCUGUGUAACAGGAUAUGAAUGUGGGAAAAGGCGACAAACACGAGCAAAAUGUCACUGAAGCUCAUCUGCUUCUUCCUCUGCACCCUGAUUGCAUCAAAUCUCACAGGUGAAAAAGCUUUGCUGACAGCACCGCAGAACAUCUCCAUUCUUUCUACCAACAUGAAACACUUCUUAACUUGGAGUCCUGUGAUCAUCCAGGGAGAAACUGUGAGAUACUCAGUUGAGUUUCAGGGGGAGUACGAGCGAGUGUACGCCAACCAGAGCUGGAUCCCCAUCUCCGAGUGCUCCCUCAUCACAGCCACGGUGUGCAACAUCACAGAGGACAUCUCAGCCACCGUGGCCUAUAACCUGAGGGUGAGGGCAGCUCUUGGUGCCAGGAGGUCAGAGUGGGGCACCCUGAAAGGCUUCUUCAAUCGCAACACCACUUCCCUGACCCCCCCUGUGAUGAAGGUCAUAGCAGAUGGGUAUCACUUACUAGUGGAGCUGGAAGAGAUGGGGCCUGCCUUUCAGUUCUGUGUUCUCUACUGGAAGAAGGGCCAGGAGAGGAGGAUGCAGCAGAAGCUGGUGAAAGAAGUCAGCUCUGUGGUUCACCUGGACACCAUGGAGGCAGGAGCUGAGUACUGUGUGAAGGCUCAGUCGUACGUCGAGGCCAUCAACAGGAGCAGCAGCUUCAGCCAGACCCAGUGUGUGAGAGCCCAGGGUGACACAUCCAUGUGGCUGGUUACUGCCCUCAUCUCCUCUGCUGGCUUUGCUGUGGCUGCUUUAACCCUGCCUUUCCUCACCUGGAAAACAAGUAAAAUCUUUCAGUACUCCUGCUGCCCCGUUGCUGUCCUGCCAGACACACUGAAAGUAUCAGAGCCCUCCAGCCAGCUGAUACUGUGUGGCAGUGAAGGAGCUGAGCAGUGUGAUCUGAUGGUGGUUGUGAUGCCCUCAGAAGAAGUUCUCCGACUGUGGCUACAAGAAACACUUUAGAGCAGCCCAGAAAACAAACAGCCUCUUUGUAGCAUCUUCAUCCAUCUGCAUGAAAAGCAAGUAGAGGUGACAGUUCUAUGCCUCCCCUUCACAUCCUUGCCCAGGAGCAGACAUGAGGUAACUCAGUUCCCUUUCCCACAUGGGUGGUCCCAAGGCAGAGCUCACCCUUCACCCACCAGGAUUUCACCAGAGCAAUGCACUUGGAGCCCAGUGCCUUAGUUCCAAACCAUUUCAGCCUCAGUGUUUUGCCUCAGUAAGAGCUGCUUACAUUGCAAAACCAGCUGGGAUGAGCAGGAAAAAAAAAAAGUUUUUAGGGCUGCAGGCCCUGAGCUGAGGUGACACUCAUUGAAAAGGGUGUUGGCAGUGACUGAAUCCUGAUUUGCUGCGUGUGACAGAUAACAAUGUAUGGUGCCACCAAAACUUACAGGCACUGCCAUGAGGGAUGACUGGAUUUCACCAGUACUUAGGAGCAAGUGAUGUGAGAAACAUCCAGACUUCAGAGCUGGUUGCAGGGAGUGAUGAGAACAUUUUGGGUUCAGAGCUUUGCAAGAGCAGCAGCAUCACUAACAAUGUAUAGGUCCAAGAUCACCUAGUCAAAAAUAGGAACGCUGUCUAUGAGUGAAGGAAAAACUAGGACCUUCAGAAAAAAUAUAACUAGGAAUUAAUUGCUUAAGUGAGAGGGAGUGGAGGAAAAUAGGGAAAAGACCGAGAAAGGUAGGCUCAAGAAAUAGGAGAAGAAAUAAAAAGGGACAAAAGUAAGUGCAGGUCGUGGUCAGGAUUGCCCAGGGUGCCUGCUGGGCACCCCUGGGGUUCAGCAGCAGGACAUUGACUGUGUCACACAAGGCAAAUGAUCUUCUGUGGUCAGGAGGGCCAGGCUAAGGGGCAACGGGCUAACGGAGGAAUAUCAGGAUGAAUGGAUCAAGCAUCACAGCAUUGUCAUGGUAGUGAUGAUUCCAGGCCUGACAACAUCACUAUCCUCCAGAUAUCCUGUCCUCUUAAGGAAAGAUAUUGCCAAAGACACAAGAAAUUCCGUCUAAAUACAAAUAAAAUAUAGUUGUUUUGUAUAUUGCAAUUGUGGCUGUCACUUUGGGGAAGAAAAAGUAAUUUCUUACCUCUGAAGCAGAGACUUGUGUUAGCAGGGCAUGAAAAGACAUUGAUCUGAGAAGCUUUUUUUAAGGCUCUCAGUGGGUCUAAUGAAAUGCAAGACAUCUCUUUCUUAAAGAAUAUGUUUUCUUAAAUUUCAUUCUUGCAAUCUUGCAUGAGGCCAUCGGGUGGCAACAAAGCACUGUGAAAAAGUAGAAGUGACUCAGGACUAUCUAUACCUGUAUUGUCCUGUCCAGGCUUUUGCCCCGGGGCCUGAUCAGCACCUCCUUUUCGUGUUGCAGCUCAGUUGCUUGUUUUUUCCUGUCUCACUGGCUUCUGUCUGGACAGUAUUGGGAUGUAGUACUUCGGUGUUAAAUCAUAAGAUUGUUACUGCUGAAUAUUUAGCAAAUUACAGAGUGAAAAAAUCCAUGCAGGUCCGAGCAUUGAAGACUCAGAGCUGAUUAUCAGUUUGUUGCUAAUUGAUUGGGAAAUGCCUGGUUGCAAACACCCACGUGAUGCUGAGCCCAGACAAGAUUUGGGAGCAAAGAGGAGAAGUGCAUGUGCAUGGGGUGAUGUGACAAGUGCUGAGGGUCCCUAAAUCAAGCUGGGGUGGCAGUGGAGGCAUCCAGUGGUUGACUCCAGAAGCAGGCAGUGCAUAGCAGUGGUUUUUUGGAGGACAGUCAGCACAGAAGUUCACUCCCCUGCAGGAUUAAAGGCUCUUUGUCAAACACCCCCUUUAGCCAGUGCUUGAAUUUUCAAGCCAUAGCUCCCAAUCCCAGAGGCCGUGGUGGUAAGGCUGGCUGAGAGAGCUCCUGUGCCUCCCAUUUAUCCUUAUUUUAUUGGAUGAGUUUAGUGUCUUGGUUUCUAGAGUGCCCCACAGGAAAAUGUCCUUGUUCAUUCCACGGCUAAAGGUCCAAAAAGCCUCAGCAAUUCUUCCUAUCUCUUCCCCUGACACUGCUGCAUUAUGGCAGUACCAGCAAUUGUUUAGGGAUACAGAGAAAAGAAGGGAAAGAAAAGGCCCCUUGAAUGUGAAAAAAAUUUAUUUUAAUGCAUAAUUUCCAGCUGCACAUUAAGCAUGGAGCAUAUGUUUCUUUCUCACUUGCAAUAACAGAUUUUAUGUCCCUCCUCAUUGCCAAUAAAGCAGCUAAACUGUUGUAGAAAACUGUGCAGACAACGUUAAACAAAAGAAACAGCUGAAAAAAAAUUCUUACAGUAGGGGCAUGGAAGGGAAUUGUUUGAGUGCCACUGCCACCUCAGCGAGACUAUUUUCAAUUUACAUCAGGAUAUUCCAUUUUAUGGCCACUUGAAGCCAAAUUUGAGAUGGUGGUUGAAAAUCCCCAGCAACCUCCUCCCUUUGAGGGCUGUGCUGCACUUUGUGGAGCCUGAACAGAACAAGAGGGAUUCCUUUGCCCCCCCCGUACCCAGUAGCACAGUGGCAUUGGCGUGGGCAGCUGCCAUCAGUGCCUCCCUGCUUCAUUUCCCUGCAUUCCAAGAGUUAAUUGUGCCUCAGCAGUCAUGGCAACCACUGCCUCUGAUCACUGAUUUUGCUCCCACGACCAUGAUACCACAUUUCAAAGGAGGACCAGACGAGUCACCGCAGCGAAGAGCGCCGUGUGCCGACGAACUUUGCUCUCUUUCUUCUUUCUUUCUUUCUUUCUUUCACUCUAAGUGGCUCCAUCUCUUUCAAAAUAUGUUUCCUUUUUACUUUUCUCAAUAUAUGUGGUACGAAAAUAAAGCACAAACCUGCA